AUGGAUGCAGGCUGUACAUCCCUGCUUCUACUAACUUCGAUUCACCUGCUUUUGCGAAUCUCGGCUCUUGAAUUUCUCUUGCCGGGCUCCUCUCUCUCCGUAGAGUAUAGCUCUGACAAGCUCCAUUCACCAGAUGGUACUUUCACCUGCGGAUUCAACAAAAUUUCCCAAAAUGCCUUUGUCUUCUCUAUUUGGUUCUCCAACACAGCUGAAAAGACAGUUGUCUGGAGUGCAAAUCAUCUCCACCCCGUGUACUCCUGGGGAUCCCAAGUGAUGCUACACAGAGAUGGCCGAAUGGUUGUAACAGAUUACAAUGGCCAGCUCGUGUGGGAAAACAAUGUGAGCUCUUCAUCAAAUGCCAAACAAGCUCAGCUGUUGGACACAGGAAACCUCAUCGUGAAGGGCCAAGGUGAUAUCAUUUUAUGGCAAAGUUUUCAUUCUCCUACAGAUACAUUGCUACCCAAUCAGAACAUCACUGCUGGUACAAAGUUGGAAUCUACUAAUAGGUUACUUGUUCCUGGGCACUACAGCUUCCAUUUUGAUGAUGAACAUUUACUUACACUGUUUGAUGAUCAGAAGGAUAUCUCUUUUAUCUAUUGGCCAAACCCUUAUAUUAACAUCUGGAGAAAACAAAGGAACUCGUUUAAUACCACCACAGUUGGGGUGCUUGAUAGCCGGGGGUAUUUCCUCGGAAGUGAUAAUUUAACUUUUAAGGCUACUGACUGGGGUCUCGGGGUUAUGAGGAGGCUAACAUUGGAUUAUGAUGGAAACCUUAGAUUAUACAGUCUAAAUAAGCCAACUGGAAGAUGGUCGGUCACAUGGAUGGCAUUUCAGCAGACCUGCUUUGUACGAGGUUUGUGUGGUAUGAAUGGAAUAUGUGUGUAUACCCCUAGGCCUUCUUGUGCAUGUGCCCCUGGACAUGAGAUCAUCGACCCAAGUGACCGAAGCAAAGGUUGCAAGCCGAAGUUCAACCUCAGUUGUGAUGGGCAGGGGCAGGGGGUGAAUUUUUUGAAGCUACCUUCCACGGACUUCCUAGGUUAUGAUCGUAAAAUUGAGUUAGUUUCUCUUCAUGCUUGCAAAAUGAUAUGCUUGACUGACUGCACGUGCAAAGGUUUCUCCUACUGGCAAGGAGAUGGAAGCUGCUAUCCAAAAUCAUCCCUUGUUGGUGGUGUAACCAACCCGGUAUUACCUGGUUCCAUCUAUCUCAAGCUACCCAAGAAAUUACAAGUAUCAGAGUCCUCAAUUCCUCACUCACAGCCCUAUGGUCCUCGAUAUGGUCCUAACUGUAGUGUAAGUAACAAAUAUUUCACUACAGAAUUUCUGGAUAAGCGUAGGAACAACCAUAGUGGACCACAGUAUUUGUACUUCUAUGGAUUCUUAUCAGCAAUAUUUUGUAUGGAGGUAAUAUUUGUGGCAUUAGGAUGCUGGUUUAUUUUGAGAAGGGAGGGCAAGCAGUUAACAGGAGUUUGGCCAGCUGAGGUUGGCUAUGAAAUGAUAACAAACCAUUUCCGCAGAUACACUUACACGGAGUUGCAGAAAGCCACUCGAAAGUUCAAGGAUGAGAUUGGGAGAGGGGCAUAUGGUCUUGUAUACAAGGGGGUCUUGAAAGACAAGAGGGCAGUAGCCGUGAAAAGGCUGGCAGACAUAAACCAAGGUGAAGAAGAAUUCCAGCAUGAACUGAGUGUGAUCGGAAGGAUUUACCAUAUGAAUCUGGUGAGGGUUUGGGGAUUUUGUUCUGAUGGUUCACACAGGAUAUUGGUAUUAGAGUACGUUGAGAAUAGUUCAUUGGAUAAAGCUCUAUUCAGUACCGAGGGCUCACAUAUUUUACUUGAAUGGAACGAAAGAUUUAAGAUAGCUCUAGGGGUUGCAAAAGGAUUGGCCUAUCUUCAUCACGAGUGCUUGGAGUGGGUUAUCCACUGUGACCUGAAGCCUGAGAAUAUACUAUUGGAUGAGAAUUUGGAGCCAAAGAUCACGGACUUUGGCCUUGCAAAACUUCUGAAUAGAGGCGGAUCUAACAAAAAUGUGUCAAGGAUCCAUGGAACUAGAGGUUAUAUAGCUCCUGAAUGGGUUUCUAGACUACCAAUAACAGCAAAGGUUGAUGUCUACAGCUUCGGAGUGGUUCUCCUAGAACUACUGAAAGGGGCUCGUAUUUCAGACUGGGGAUCUGAUGCUGACGAGGAAGUGGAAAUGGCCCUUCAAAGGGUCAUUAAGAUGCUUGCGGAUAAUAUUAUGCUGGAGGGCAGCGAACAGUUAUGGGUCGCUGACUUCAUUGAUUCCAGAUUGAACAGCCAGUUUGAUAACUUGCAAGCAAUAAUGAUGGUAAAGUUGGCUGUUUCAUGCGUACAAGAAGAUAGUAGGAAAAGGCCCACCAUGGAAAAUGUUGUGCGGAUGCUUCUUUCGGUUGAUGAGGCCAAGGGCAUAAUUCAGCAGUAUUCUACAAGCUAA